AUGAGUACUUUCACUAGGGCUAGGCCAUCAUUAAAGAUAGUUUUUGUAUUUAUCAUGUGGCAGUUUACCGAAACAUUGGGCGAAGGCGCUUACGGCGAAGUUGUAUUAGCCAAAAAUAUUCACACAAAUGAAUUUGCAGCAGUGAAAGUUAUUGAUUUGAAUCGAUUACAUGGAAAUGAUAUUGAUUUACAUCGCUCAUUGAGACAUGAGAAUAUCAUUCGUUUUUACGGUUAUAAACAACAACAAUCAAAUUAUUAUUUAUUUUUGGAAUAUGCAGCCGGUGGCGAAUUGUUCGACAAAAUUGAACCUGAUGUUGGUAUGUCUGAAGAUCAUGCCCAACAUUAUUUCAAACAAAUUAUUGAGGGAAUGCAAUAUCUUCAUUCACAUGGUGUUGCACAUCGUGAUUUGAAGCCGGAAAAUUUAUUAGUCACCAAUGAUGAUAUUUUGAAAAUUUGUGAUUUUGGAUUAGCAACGUUAUUUCGACACAAUAAUAUCGAACGAAAUCUAACAACAUAUUGUGGUACGGCACCGUAUUCGAGUCCAGAAGUUUGGGCUAAAAUUCCUUAUCGUGGUGAACCAGUUGAUGUUUGGUCAUGUGGAAUUAUUUUGAGUGCGAUGUUAACUGGAGAAUUGCCAUGGGAUCAGCCGUCACCACAAAAUCCGGAAUAUUUACGCUGGGCAUCGGGUGAUUGUUUUAGUAAUCCGUGGAGAAAAAUUGACAAUCUCGUUCUCGCUUUAUUACGUCGUCUAUUACAACAUGAACCACAAAAACGUGCAAUUGUUCGGGAAAUCAAGGCCCAUCCGUGGUUUAUCAAAGUAUUUACACAAGGCGAUCCACGCAUUGAUUAUAAGAAACAUGCUGUGUAUGUAAUUAAACCUACAAAUAAUGAACAAUGUGUGUCAUUAACACAGCCAACUACAAGUUCAUCGGUUAUCCAUACAGAAUCUGAUUCUGCAUGGAUAAAUAGUUUUUCACAACCAGUCAGACUCGAUGAUCUUGUUCUGAAUACUGAAAUGAUACCGUUAUCUGAUAUGGGAGAAAAUCCAGUUCAACAUCUCGUACAUCGUAUGACACGUAUUGUUUUAACAUCAUCAUUCAAUGGAACAAUCGCUCAUUUGACGAAACUAUUUGAUCAAUUGGGUUACCAUUGGAAAACAACGGCUGCUAAUCAAAUAACGGUAUUUUCACAAGAUAGACGACGAAAUGAAUUGAUAUUCAAAGCAAACAUAUUUAAACUUACUGAUUUGAUUAUGGUCGAUUUUCGUCUAUCAAAAGGAGAUGGAAUUGAAUUCAAGCGACGUUUUAUCACAAUCAGAGAUCGUUUAAUGCAUAUUUCAGCAUCUACGAACGGUUCCACAGAUCAUUUUCAUUCAUCCAAGACAACUUCUACUCUGAUAGCAGGAGGUAGUAAUAUUAGUUCGAGAAUGGAAGCCAUGGAUACUUAG